CAGCAUCGCCUCAUAGAUCUCAGAUCCUCAAACUCAGAUCCCGAACGACUCAACGGUCAAUGUGGGCUUGACCUCUCUCACGCGAAACCCUUGUGAAGGUACCUGUCGACCAUAAACUUCAUAACCAGCCACUUUUUCAUCUGACCUUCUAAGGAUAUCUUUUAAUCUUCCAACUCGGUUGUCCAAAAUGAACCCCGUUCCUCUCAUUAACCACCCUUGCACGGUAUGCUGCAGGCCCACUUCCAUGUGGUGCAGCCGCUGCCAAGCCGCGUGGUAUUGCGCUCCCGAGCACCUUCAAAGCGAUUGGCCGCGCCAUCGAAAGGAAUGUGUUCCGGCAACCCAUGCCCAAAAUUAUAAUAUUAUUGCCACUCCACCUCCUGCUGAGCAGCAGGUGAUUAUGGUUUCCGCCAUCCUCUUCUCUCCCGAAGAAGAGCGUCCAAGGAUCAUCACGGUCAAGUGCCGUCCGUCCCAGGUCCCGUCGCAGGGCAUGUGUCCUCAACCUCUCGUCAGCGGACAUUUCUCGGACGGCCAAGCGGAAAGCAUUGUCUUGACGCAAGGCUUAAAUGGAGAGCCGCUCAGAUUCCCCCUUCAUCUGUGGUACUCCCCAACUGCGCUGUCGCGUUGCGCACCCAUUAACCGUGCUAUCUAUCACAUCACGUCCGGUGCCGCCGCGAAAGCUUGGUGCGGUACAGUUGUCGUCCUGAAGUUCAACGGAUCUCGGCGCCAGGGCUACUCUGAUGCAGGGUCGAAUGAUCUUCCCGCUCUCUCAGCCUAUUUCUUGGCCUAUAAGUAAACGCAUAACGCGUUUGGUUCUUAAUGUGCUUAAAAAGUAGAAUAUAAGCCACAUCAUCCGGGGAAGGCGCGUGCUUCUGACCUUUCCAUUGCAGCAUUAAAGCUCCUUGUCGUAUAUUAUCGCACAUAUAUAUCGUUUGUUGCUUUGUUCCGAUAUCUGUAGCUUUCAUAGUGUUUUUGUUUUGUUAUCUUACUAGUUCCUGCUCUUAACUGUAUUUCUCCAUAAAAUAGAUGAGUGGUUAUUGUUAUUUGCAAU